AUGUCAAUUAACCAUUUUGUUUUAACAAUCAUCGGCAUCUACAAUGACAAUACUGACGAUCGGCUUGCCGAAAUCAAUAUGGUGCUACCGAUACACUGGUCCCAAAGGAAUGAAAGCCUGGUAAAUCAUGCUUCACCAGGAGCAAAACGGAUUUUUGAUCCUUGA